UCCUGUCUUAUAAUCACUCUGACGCCUUUGUGUCGCUCCUGUAAACCCCCCUCCUCCUGUUGGACUGUCGCUGCCGAGGUUCGGCUGCAGCAGGAGAGGGGGCUCCAUCGGUGUCACGAAUCCGGAUUUCCCCCCAACCUUUUAUUUAUUUAUUUUUUUGCCGGCAGAGAGGGUGGGGAGGACCGGGGACAGGAGUGAAGCCAAUGUAAAUCCAGCUGCCGUCCAGGUCUGUCCUCGUUACCUGCAGACUGUUUUGCUGCCGCUGCUGCUUUACCUCAGGUUGCCUCUCCAUCUUCACACAUUAGUGUUCAGAGAGAGUCCUGUCUGCACACCAUCAGUCAGUUUUCUCCUGUGUUGGUGUCUUCUGAUGGAUGAAUAUGUCCACUUCUAAUAAUAUCGCCCAGGCCAGGAAACUGGUGGAGCAGCUGAGGAUUGAGGCAGGGUUUGAACGCAUUAAGGUGUCUAAAGCAGCAGCGGACCUGAUGAGUUACUGUGAGCAACACGCUCGUAGCGACCCUCUGCUGGUUGGCGUGCCCACCUCUGAAAACCCUUUCAAGGACAAGAAACCUUGCAUCAUCCUAUAGCUCCAUAGCUGCUUUUUAGCUCUCAAAGACAUACAGACAAACACGAAUACAUACACACAUACAUAAAACAGAUGCACCUAUUAACAUAGGCUUACACAUGAAAGUUAGCAUUUACAAUAAAAAUCAGUCCCUACACUCUCUCAGAUAUCAAGAAACCCUAUCUGACAUUUUAGGGCUACAAAUUCAAUCACUAUAAAUUUAGCAACUUUGAAACAGUGCCACAACCCAGAACCACCAGUAGGGGGCAGGUAUCUUGCCCCUUACAGUGUGAUAUCAGUUAGAUACAGAGUAUGGUCCAAGGUGCUUUGGUAUUAUCCCCAUAUGCUGGUAAAUUAAGAACUGUUUAUCAUGAAAAGGGAUUUUUGACCUUAACAGUCAGUAAAAAGCUGUUUCUUUUCCAUCAUUGGUCAUGAAGCGAGGUGUUGGGUAAACGAUGGGCAGCUGCUACACAGGCAGGCAGUGGGAAGAAGCAUGUGGGAAACACAAAUGAGUGGUAGGCGCAAAGCCAACCGUGCCAAACACGACACACUGUCGCAUUGAAAAGCCCAAUAAAUGCUUAUUUUUCUGCGGAAACUUAAAAAAAGAAAGAAAAAAAAGACAAUCCGAGAGCUUUGUCUUUAGCUAGAGUCUUUGCUUUGGUCAGACCACAGCAUGUUCCCCUCUUGAAUCCGUAUCAACAGACCUCUUCUCCGCCUGCAGCCUCUGUGUGGCUGCCUCCAGCCAAUUUUGGCCAAGCCUCUAGCUGUGCCAACCUGUACAAAAACCUGUCUCUAGAUGCUGAUUUGCUGUCGCUGGUUCCACUGCUGGCUUGUGAUAGCUGCUGUUGGUCAACAUUGAUGUCUUAGCGGACUUCAGAUCUGCACCAACCAGAGGAACGCAGUGAACAGCUCUACAAAGAACUCAAGCUAUUAACCAUGGACGUUUACUACUUUUUUUUUUUUUUUUUUUAUCAAGAAGUACUUGUUUGUGAACUCAGUGUUUGUUUAGGUAUUUUGUUGAAGCAUUCCUUAACGUUUAAGACGAUACUGUACAUUUUUUUUAUUCUUUUACUUUGACGGAUACAAGGCGGUACCCUUGGCUGACCAGAUUUAAAUCAGGGGUCUAACCGUAUAGGAUCUUAAAGUCUCUAUUGUAUAUCAAACCUUCUUGUGCUCUAAUUUAAGUUGGAGCAAGGCCACAGACUGACAACACUGGAGAAUCAAUCUGCACCUAAAGAAAAAUAAUUUUUACUUUUAUAUAGAAGAUUUUCAGCUCUUAUUGAUUGUUUUGUUUUUUCCUUGAGCUUAUUCAUACAUUUAGGGAAUGAUUUAACAAGAUAGAGAUGUAUCUGAAUAGAAAAAUAUUGCAUCCGUAGCUUCAAAUCCAGUCAAAACAGCAAAGGAUUUUUAUUUAAUGCAAUUUUGCGACAGACGGGAUUAAUUUCCCCCUUUCUGUGUCCUCUGCUCCUCCACAACACUGCUCCAAUCUAAAAACCAAACAUGAUUGUAAAAACUGAAAAUGAAAAAGAAAGAAAAUGGCAUUAAGAGAAACAAACUUAGUGUAAAAACUUUCUUUUAGACGUGCAGAAGUGAUAAGUUGAAGAGUAGCUGUUUUGCAGUUUUAUUUUUUAUGUUACCUUCUUUCUAUGGAGUCCAUGAAAGCUGAUCAGUUGAGUAUUACUACCCUGUACAGUGUUUGUAAGAUACAAAGAUCUAAACACAGAAUUUCCCCCAUCUGUGGAUGUUAAAUUUUUUAACACUGCUUCUUUCCUUUUGUCAGUCAACAUCAUGUCUCUUUUUAUUUUUCUUUCAGUUUUUAAAGGCUUGCGACUGUGGAGGUUGGUUUUAGCCAUAGCUAAAAACAAAAUAACAGAAGUCAAGGUUAGAUCAAAGAAAUCUAACACAAUUAUGGAGUGCUACAGAUUGAGUCUUUAAAAAGGAUCAAUCAACAUCAGACCUCAUUUCAGUGGGAAACAACUAACCUCCUUAGCCUUCCUUUUCUCUUAAACAGGACAUUUUUGGGGCAACAAGAAACACAUAUUUUAUAGAUAUACAAUUUCCUUUUCUGGUCCUUUUUAUGCUGAGAGGGUUGAUACUAAAAGCACGAAUACAAAAAAGACUGAAGAUUCAUUUUUUCUAAACUACAAAAAUAGGAAAGUUGAUUUGCACAAUAUUAUAUUUUUUGAGAGUUGGGCUACAGAUCAUGAUGCUCAGGUCAGUUACACUGUAACAGUAGAUUGGCCUGUUGUGCUGCUGACGUUUGAAGACUGAGAGAGAUUCCUCUAUCCUAUGGUUCCUCAUGCAUGUAUUGUACUCAUAUCAAUGAUACACCUAGAAGUGUAUAAAAGUGGGCUUUGCUUACAGAAGCCAGACUGUGUAGGAGAUUUUAAUCAGCAAUGCUAAAUUCUGAUAUUGAACACUAAAAAUCACAACCUCAGGGUGACAGUGUAUGAAGGAUAGCGUGUGUGUUCAUGUGAGGAGGGGUUCUCUUGGUGUUUUUUUUUCUCUUUUGCAUUUCUAGGGAAAAUGCUAAGACUAUGAGCGCACAAUGUCUCCAGUUCUGCUGAGUUUCAUUUAGCAUGAUGGUGUUGCAAACCUGUGGUCCUUCAGUUCUAGGUCAGGGUUAGUCUGACAAGGGGAGAAGUCAUGUGCUGUGGCAACUGUGUUAUACUAUAAUCAUAGCAUUAUAUAGUAUAAUGUUUGUACUCUCAGUACUAUCAGGUUUCAGGGUUUUCCAGUUGUAAAUACUCUGAGACUUUCAAGUUCAAUGUCUUAAUAUUUUACUGUUGCCGCUAGGGUUGCUGUCUGCUAUAUGAAAUAUUUUCUGCUAUAUCAAAUGAAAAACAGCCUGUCAGAAGCAAAAUACACUAUAGGGCUGGACUAGCCUGUAAUAUAUACAGUAUCCUAAUUUAGUUAUAUAAAAAGGCUUCAGGAAAUUUAAACCAUUACUGCCUAAUUUAACCUGUUAUGAAGGAUGUGACAGCUAAAAAGAGACAAUAUCCCUAGCUAACUGCAAACAAUGAAAGUGGGUGGGGCUAACUAUUAUUACUACAAUUCAGACGGUUUUUAUUGCGAUAAACCAGAGGCGAAAAACUGACCUCAAUUAGUGAACAUGUUCAAUUAGCAUUUAAAAAACAUUACCUGCCUGUAUUGCUCACAUCAGUUUGCACCACAACCAGAGCAAAUCCUUCCGGUUUUCCUACGUAAACUGGUCUAAGAGUGAGCCUCUACUUUUAAGACGGAAAAAAAAAUAUGCAGAAUUAACAUCCACUUAUUUAUGAAAGUGUGCUAACUUUAGGAUAAGUGGAGCACAUGUGUAAAAAAAAGAAAACAAGUUUGCAUUGCUAACAGCUUCAAUUGAUAAACUUAGGCUAUUUUUUCCUUUUGAAAACUACAUUUCAAAAUUGAAUAUAAGUCAAUAAAGUUUGAUAGAACUAUUAAAGAGCUGUGACAUUGAUAAUUUUGCUUCUUUGGGUUUAUGAAAGAGUAAGUCAAGGUUCUUUUGAACAUGUUAAUGAAAUAUCUCUUAAACCUGAGCAUUGGCCCAUCAGCUGGUUAUCUUAGUUUGAAUACAACUAUAACAAAAUCUCCCAUUUUUGUUUUCUUAAAUAAAAUGCUUUAUAUUGCUCUCAACUUUUCUGCUCUAGAAAUGUACGAGCUUUAGAAGGGCUAGUGGGAUGAUUUUUCUGUUACAGGUUUACCCUUUUGUUUUUGUUCUGAAAUCUAACAUGCCUAAACUAAUUGUGACAAACGGAUAACGGACAUAGCUGUAGGAAUAAAUGUUUGGUUCUAUAUUUUUAAAUAUGCUAAAUAUGCUCAUAAAACUUUUCAGUUAUUGUUUCAAAUCCUUAAAUCAGUGUUAAUGCUCAAUUUAAAUACUGUUUAAUGAAAGGAAGAUGGAGAAACUUGUGGCAAAAGAUCAGCAAUUACAGACGUGUGAAAAGAACUCAUAUUCUGGUUCGAUUAAUGAAACGACAAAAAACAAUUUGUAACAAUUUAUUCAUAUUUCUUAUAUUUCAUUUUGUAAACCGGUAUUGAGGAGGGUUAAAGCUAGAGAAGUAUACUCAAAUGUAAAAUGUGCAUGCAUAUCAUGUCAGCGCACACACUGUUGCCCUAAAAAUGUCUGACCUUUUUGUUUUUAUACACUUUUUCUCAGUCAUUCCAUCUCUUCCUGGGCUACAAUCAAAGACAGUCAGGCUGAAUUGCUGAUUUUGCCGACAGUUUGUCUGAUUGAUUAGUUGUUACUUUGCCUUAUAGUGGCGUAUAUUGUGUUAUUGCUGGUCAUGGAUCAACAGAAUAAACAGUCCUGAAGUGAAGCAUAUGGCUCACUGUGAAUUCACUAAGUGAGCUCGACAAAAUUCAUUUUUGGUCCCACUGAGGAGAGUUUUAGGCUCUUCACUGGUCAACUGUCAUAUCAAACAUCACUCAGUGGGCUCGGCGUGCCAUCUGAGACUCAUUUUUUUGCGUUCUGAUCUCCAGUGUAUGCAUACAGUAUAUGUAUCCUUUUGCCUUGAUUAUGAAAAAAAUAUAUAUAUUUUUUGUAACUGUUCUCUAAUGUGCCAUAACUCAUGUUUUCUUGCACACUGUUAAUAUUUUGUGGAUAUUGCUGUUAAAAAAUAUUGAGAAGUAGAUAACAUUAAAAAAGAUAUGAUUACA